CCAUUACAAUGGCUAGGACACCAAUCACUCCAUAUGCAAUCUUCCUUUUCCUCUUCCUCUUCCGUCCCUCCUCCGCCCAGACGGAGCUCGACGCGCUCCUCAAAUUCAAGGCCUCCAUCACCAACAACGCCGUCGCCCUGUCCGACUGGGCCCCACCCCUCCCGCCAUGCACCGCCAGCACCGCCAAUUGGGUCGGCCUUCUCUGCGAGAACGGCGCCGUCGCCGCCCUCUACCUCCAGAGAUUGGGCUUGGAAGGCGCGAUCGACGUCGAAGCCCUCGCGCAGCUGCCCAAUUUGAAGGUCCUCAGCUUCACCGGCAACAGCUUCGCCGGCCCUCUCCCUAAUCUAGCUCUGCUCCCCAAUGUCAGAGCCGUUUCCUUCUCGAGUAAUAAGAUGUCCGGCGCUAUUCCGGCGAAUGCGUUUCAAGGCAUGACGGCGCUGGCGCAGCUUGAUUUGGAUGACAACGUGUUCUCCGGCGAGAUUCCGGCGUCCCUGGCCGGUCUGCCCGCGCUGCAGGAGCUGAUGCUGCAGAACAAUAUGUUCCAAGGCGGAUUACCUCCGUUCGGAGAGGGUCAAUUGUUGAACUUCAGCGUCGCCAACAACGACCUCUCCGGCGAGAUUCCUUCCGGCCUCAGCCAUUUGGAAGCUUCUGCUUUUUUAGGAAAUAAGGAUCUAUGCGGAAACCCGUUGUUGCGGUGCCCGCACCACCCGCUCCGGCUCUCUAUUGGAACAAUUGUCAUGAUGUUACUCGUCGUCGCCGCGGCUGUGGUGGCUCUGGUAGUGGUUAUAGUCAUCCUCUGCCGCCGGAGAGCCGCGCCGCGGCAGAACCAAGACGAGAUAGCGAAGGCCGCUGUCCUCGUCGCCCACUCCACCGCCGAUCCGGUAUCUGAUCCGGAGCGCGGGGAGUGCGCGGCCACGGCCUCUCAGCCGAAUGUGAGAAUGACGUUUCUCAGAGAGGAUAGAGAUGUAUUUGAUAUGACGGAUUUGCUCAAAGCAUCUGCUGAGAUACUUGGAAGCGGGCUAUUCGGGUCAACCUACAAGGCCGCUCUGAGUGAGCGGCAGAUAGUGGUGGUGAAGCGGUACCGCCACAUGGGCAACGUCAGCAGGCAGGACUUUCAGGAGCACAUGCGCCGCCUCGGGCGCCUCAACCAUGCUAACGUCGUGCCACUUGUCGCCUUCUACUACCGGCGGGAGGAGAAGCUCCUCGUCUACGACUACAUCGACAAGACCAGCCUCGCAGCCGUCCUCCACGGCAACCGCUCCCGCCCCGGCCGCAAAGUCCUCGACUGGCCGGCGCGGCUGAGCAUCACAAAAGGGAUAGCCCGAGGGCUCCUCUACCUCCACAACGACCUCCCGAGCCUCACGGCCGCCCACGGCCACCUGAAAUCGUCGAACGUGAUCCUCGAUUCCGAGCAGACGCCGCUGCUAACGGACUACGGCCUGGUCCCGAUCGUGAACCAGGAGCACGCCGAGCAGCACAUGAUCUCGUACAAGUCGCCCGAGUACAAGCACACGGGCCGCAUCACGAAAAAAACCGACGUGUGGAGCCUCGGGAUCCUCAUCCUCGAGAUCCUCACGGGGCGCUUCCCCUCGGACUUCCUCAAGCCGAAGAAGGACGCGCCGGACGCGGACGCGGCCACGUGGGUGGAGUCGGUGGCAAGAGACGAGCCCGACGUGUUCGACACGGACAUGGCCGCGGAGGCCGAGUGCGAGGCGGAGAUGGUGAAGCUGCUGAGGAUUGGGUUUGCGUGUUGCAAGGCGGAGGUGGAAGAGAGGCCGGACAUUAAAGAGGCGGUGCAACAGAUUGAGGAGGUCAAGGAGAGACAAACGGUUUCAAUUUAGAGCAGAGAAACUAGCUUGAAUCGUCAAGAUUUAUCUUUAGAUUUAGUGUGUUGAGACUUAAGACCAUAUAUAUGCUUGUUUUGCAUCUUGAUGAUUUUGGGUUUUCUUUUUUUUUUUUUUCUAUCCUUUGAGUUGAUCAUAGUCUGAGAAUGGUUUGGUAGAAGCAGCUGACUCUUAGAAAACCAGCUCAUUGUAAUUACCCUACGUUUAUAUCAAGUGGGAUUCUUGCACUUCA